CCCUCGACCCCAGAGUCACAGAGACCCAUCCCUCAACCCUCCAGACUCGGGAGCCGAAGGGGCGGGACUUGGCCUGUGAUUGGCUAUUGUUGGCCGACCCCCUUCACGGUUGUCCAUUCCCUCUCGCUGGCUGGCGCCUGCGCGGUGGGCCGGCUGUGGGGGGCGGGAAGCUCCUAGGGGCAGUAGAGCCCAUGUCGGCCCUAAGGCGCUCGGGCUAUGGCCCCAGUGAUGGUUCGUCUUAUGGCCGCUACUACGGGCCUGGGGGUGGAGAUGUGCCCGUGCAUCCACCUCCACCCUUAUAUCCUCCUCGUCCUGAACCUCCCCAGCCUCCCAUUUCCUGGCGGGUGCGCGGGGGCGGCCCGGCUGAGACCACCUGGCCGGGAGAAGGCGGAGGAGGCGAUGGCUACUAUCCCUCUGGAGGCACCUGGACGGAGCCAGGUCGAGCUGGGGGAAGCCACCAGGAGCAGCCACCAUAUCCUAGCUACAAUUCCAACUACUGGAACUCUGCCCGACCUAGGGCACCUUACCCAACAAGUACAUAUCCUGUAAGACCGGAAAUGCAAGGCCAGAGUUUGAACUCUUACACAAAUGGAGCAUAUGGCCCACCAUACCCCACUGGCCCUGGGGCAAAUACUGCCUCAUACUCUGGGGCUUAUUACACACCUGGAUAUUCUCAGACCAAUUACUCCACAGAGGUUCCAAGCACUUACCGUUCACCUGGCAACAGCCCAACCCCAGUCUCUCGUUGGAUGUAUCCCCAGCAGGACUGCCAGGCUGAAGCACCUCCUCUUAGGGCGCAGGUUCCAGGAUAUCCUGCACCACAGAACCCUGGAAUGACCCUGCCCCAUUAUCCUUAUGGGGAUGAUAAUCGUAGUGUUCCACAGCCAGGACCAUCUGUACGACCACAAGAGGACUCGUGGGCUUCUCCUGAUGCUUAUGGAAUGGGAACCCGUUACCCCUGGCCUGCAGCUGCGCCCUCAGCACCACCUGGGAAUCUUUACAUGAGUGAAAGCACUUCACCAUGGCCUAGCAGUGGCUCUCCUCAGCCACCUCCAUCACCACCACCCCAACAGCCCAAGGAUUCCUCAUACCCCUAUAGCCAAUCAGAUCAAGGCAUGAACCGGCACAACUUUCCUUGCAAUGUUCAUCAGUAUGAGUCCUCGGGAACAGUGAACAGUGAUAAUUCAGAUCAUUUGGAUUCCCAAGUCCAGUAUAGUGCUGAGCCUCAGCUGUAUGGUAACACCACCAGUGAACAUCCCAGCAAUCAAGAGCAAAGUAAUAAUCUUCCUGAAGAGUGUUUGCCUUCAGAUGAAGGUACUCCCCCAAGUAUUAAAAAAAUCAUACAAGUGAUGGAGAAGGUUCAGUAUCUUGACCAAGAAGUAGAAGAGUUCAUAGGAAAAAAGACAGACAAAGCAUACUGGCUUCUGGAGGAGAUGCUAACCAAGGAACUUUUGGAACUGGAUUCAGUUGAAACUGGGGGCCAGGACUCUGUCCGACAGGCCAGGAAAGAGGCUGUUUGUAAAAUCCAGGCCAUACUGGAAAAAUUGGAAAAAAAAGGAUUAUGAAAGGAUUUAGAACAAAGGGGAAGCCUGUUACUAACUUGACCAAUACUCCUGAUUUUGGUUAUUUAUCCUCUUUUUGAAAUGCCUGUUGAUGACAAGAAGCAAUACAUUCCAACUUUCCUUUGAUUUAAAACUUGAAAAGCUGGUAAAGGACUUGGAAAAACAUUUUCGUUAUGAAUUGUUUUCAGUUUUCAGACCAAUGAAUGUAAUAGGAAACUAUGGAGUUACCAAUAUUGCAAAGUAGGCUCACUUCUUGAGAGAUUUAUGGAUAUCUGCAAGCUGUUUGUUAUCAGCAGGAGGGAAGUACACUUUAUGUAACAGGCUUAUCAGAAACCUACCAGAUGAGACUGGAUAUAAUCUGAGACAAACAGGUUUUUUAAAACAUCUGGAUUACUUGUCACAUUUUUGUACAUUGUGACUGCUUUCAGCAUACACGUCAUGUGUAAUUACAGCUUGGACAUUAGCCUUGUGGGACCUCUGUUUUGUUUUGUUAUUGCAGUUCACAAAUAUAGUAUUCUUCUCUACUUCUUGGUACAUUUUGUAGUAAUAUGUUUAAUAUAAUUAUUCAAGAGACUAUAUUGACAGCCAGAUAGUAUGGUAUUUCUGAAUGAAUUUAUAUCUUUUCACCAUUUGAAUAUAUUGCAAUGUGUAGUGAGUUUCUGAGGUAAAUAGUCUUUUUUGUAUAGAUCAUUAGGUUAGAGUUUUACCACUUCUACUUCUCAUGUUAAUAGCAGAAGGCGAUUUGGAAAUGGCAUGGGCAUAGAAAUGAAAAUGUUUGUGGCCAAUUUUUCUUUUUUGCUCUUUCAUUGUAUUUGGAUAAAGAUACACUUUAAAAUGUCCAUUUCCUCCCCUUAAUUAUCUUUUUACUAGUGCUGCUUCCAUAUGCAGCAUUGUGAUAGGUACAUGAAAAAUUAAAUGCCACAGUGGGUAAAAUAACUGUAAAAGUAAUAAACUAUUUGGAAAUGCUGUUCUCCAUCUAAAAAAUUAGUUUCACCAUCAAGAUCUCUAUAAGUAGAUUUCAGUUCAGUUUAUAUUAAAAAACAAUGAGGGUAAAAGAGAAUUCAUUCAUGCUCAGGGAAUGAAUCAGCCAUAGUAAGAGUGAGAAAUAUUAUUUUUUCUUUUAAAAGUACAUUUGAUGUUUAUUUCUCUAGAAUAAAUUGCAUAGAAAGUAUUGCCAGUUUUAUAAAAUGAUGCUUAUUACCACUAAAAACAAUCAUUUUAGAGCCAAAUUUAAGGAAGGAAUAUUGAAAAGGAUCUUAUCUGGGCUUGCUUGGGUAGUUCUAUGCUAUCUUAUAGAAGACUUAGAUAAAUAAUUUACUUUUCACACCUGAAGUGACUUCUAGUAAACAGUAUCUGUUAUUGGAAAAACAGCUGUUUCUUAAUAAAAUAUCCAAGUGAUAAUGUUUUUUUCCUAGACUGCCAGGCCUAUUAAUGAUAAUAAGUCUGUCUGCUAUCCUUAUUAUUAAAAAAAAAAAAUACAAAACCAAUCCUAUAUAAUCAAAGGCUAAUAUGCAAAUUGACUGGUUGCUGUGACAUGCACUGACCACCAGGGGGCAGAUUCUCAAUGCAGGAGCUGCCCCCUGAUGGUCAAUGCACUCCCACAGGGGGAGCACCGCUCAGCCAGAAGCUGGGCUCACAGCUGGUGAGCGCAGUGGCGCUGGCAAGAGCCUCUCCCACCUCUGCAGCAGUUGGACAUCUCCUAAGGGCUCCGGCCGAGGGACUCCCCCCUCCCUCCCGAGUGCACAAAUUUCAUGGACCGGGCCUCUAGUAGAAAUGUAAUUGAUUAUAAGAAAUGGAGUAAAAAUAAUGGCUGAGUCGUAUGGUUGGGUUGAAUAAUUUUAUGAGGUAAUGUGGUGAUAAUUUUAUUCUAGGAUUUUUAUUUUUGGUCUAAUAUAGGAAU